CGAUAUUGGAAACUUGAAGUUAGAGAGAGAAAGAGAGAGAAUUUAACGGAGGAUAAAAAUAUCCGAUAAUGAGCGAUCAGGCAACGGCGAUGAAUCGAAACCAGCAAACACAGGAGCAACAAUUGGCGAGCAUGAACCAGAGUUUGAAACAGCAGCAACAAUUGUUGAUUAUGAACCAGAGUUUGAUAAGUAUGAUGACUACGAACCAGGGUUUGAUGACUACGGUGAACCAGAGUUUAAUCAGUAUGAUGAGUCAAAUGAAUCUGCCCGAGCAGCCUCCGAUUCAGCUGCCGAUGAUGAAUCAGUACCAGCAAAAAAUGCAGCAACAAGUUGCAAGCGUGAAUCAGAGUUUAAGAAAGCAGCAACAAUUGCUGUGUACGGAUCAGACUUUCAAACGGUCACAGCAACCGGCCUUCAUGCGCGCGGUGCAAGCGCAGCAGGUGCAACCGGUGGCUCAGCAGGUGCAACCGGUGGCUCAGCAGGUGCAACCGGUGGCUCAGCAGGGGCAGUUCUUCGCUCAUCAGGGGCAGUCCUUUGCUCAGCAGUUGGCUCAGUGGUCGGCUCAGCAGGUGCAGCCCUUGGCUCAGCAGGUGCAGCCCUUGGCUCAGCAGGUGCAGCCCGUGGCUCAGCCGUUACUGUCGAUGCGGCUGCAACCACAGCAGCAGCUUCAGAUCAAUCAGUGUUUAAACCAACAAGCGGCAAGCAUGAAUCAGAGUUUAAACCAGCAAGAGCAAUUGCCGAGCAGGUAUCAGAGUUUAAACGAGCAGCAACAAGUGUCUAACAUUAAUCAGGGUUUAAACCAGCAGCAACAGCAAAUGACGAGCGUUAAUCAGGGUUUAAACCAAAAGCCACAAGUGCCGGGUUUAAACCAGCAGCAACAACAAAUGACGAGCGUUAAUCAGGGUUUUAACCAGAAGCCACAAGUGCCGAGCGUUAGUCAGGGUUUAAACCAGCAACAACAAGUGCCGAGCAAGAAUCAGGUUUUAGAACGGCAGCAAUAUUUGGUGGGCAUGCAUGAGCGUAUGAAAAAGAGGGCUGCGGAUCUGCUUUUAAAACAGCAGCAGAAGUAUUUGAUGAAUAACGACGGUGGUGGUGCUAUGAAACAAGCACCAUUUUCAGCUUUUGAUAACUCACUGCCACUGGUGGGUCUGUCACUGGGUACAGGGAGCAAUACGAUGGGAAAAGGGGAUAAUAACGAUGAGCACCACAAGUCCUUAUUUCACCCUAGUGGAAUUCUUGGUGGCAAAAUGUUCAAUGGUGGUUGGAAUUUGAAUUCAACCAACAAUGUGUUGCGAAAUCGUAUGGCACAACUGGAGAAGGAGAUUCUAUCUUUGAAAAAAAAGGUGGUCUUGAUGGAGAAGGAAUUUGGGGGAUUAAAGACGAGGAUGGAGAAGGAGUUGGGGGAUUUUAGGAGGAUGAUGGAAGCUCAUUUGGUAGAGGAUUCGGAUGAUGAUAAUGAGGAUUCAGAUGGGGAAUUAAACGAUGAGGAUGAUGAUAAUGAGGAUUCGGAUGCUGAAACUAUUCGAAGUGUUGAAGAGAAAGACGAUGAUAAUAGUGAGGAUUCGGAUGCUGAAACUAUUCGAAGUUACGAUGAUAAUAAUGAGGAUUCAGAUGCUGAUAAUAGUGAGGAUUCGGAUGCUGAAACUAUUCGAAGUUACGAUGAUAAUAAUGAGGAUUCGGAUGCUGAAACUAUUCUAAGUGUUGAAGAGAAAGACGAUGAUAAUAAUGAGGAUUCGGAUGCUGAAACUAUUCGAAGCGUUGAAGAGAAAGACGAUGAUGGUACCGUUUCCGACGGUUCUAAAGCAGCAGGAGAAAAUGUUGAAUUACUUGUUGAAGGGUACAAGAGUAAUAAUGACACCGUUACUAAACAUGUGAACGGUAAGCAAGGUAAAAGCUACAGUGACGAGCCACUUGAGGAGUCAAAUAAUGAUGUGGAUGCAGAAAUCAAGGUAAAUGAUGACGAGGAUGCUGAGCUUUAUGGAUAUGUGAUGGUAGGAUGAGAAGGUAGUGCCCGAUUCGGUGCAAUGAUGCCCCGUUAAUUCUCAUCUGUAUUCGUAAGCAUAUAGGUAUAUAGUCGGCCCUCACCAUUUCUGCAGUCCUUACUCCUUAGCAUUAUUCUUAGCAUUUCUACUACUUUAUGUCUAUUAGGACCUUUAAUUUUAGUUCUUCGCUUAAUGGUUUGAACAGUGAAGUGAUAAAAUAUUUUUCUUUAAUUUU